GCCAUGGCUACGGAGUCUGCGGCCGCUGCGCCAUCUAUCCCGUCGCUAGUCGAUCGGUACUUCACUCGCUGGUACAAGGCAGAUGUCAAAGGGAAACCCUGUGAGGACCACUGUGUAUUGCAGCAUUCUAACCGAAUAUGUGUCAUCACAUUGGCAGGAUCUCAUCCAGUUCUUCAAAGUGGAAAAACGAUCGAAAGCAUUUCCUAUCAGAUCAGUACCAACUGUAGCAGACUUCAGAACAAGGUCUCUGGGAAAUUUAAGCGGGGGGCACAGUUUCUAACAGAACUCGCACCUCUGUGUAAGAUUCACUGUGCAGAUGGAGAAGAAUACACUGUCUCUAGCUGUGUUCGAGGACGGUUGAUGGAAGUGAAUGAAAACAUUCUCCGUAAGCCGUCCAUUCUGCAAGAGAAGCCAUCCACUGAAGGCUACAUUGCAGUCGUCUUACCCAAAUUUGAAGAAAGCAAGAGCAUAACAGAAGGGCUCCUGACACAAGAGCAGUAUGAAGAAGUGGUGGGGAAGCGCAUUCGUGCCUCUACAGCUCCGUCGUGAGGAUGGCGCUGGAGGCCGUCAGGGCUCUGAAGAAGGACCGCCCAUGGAUGCAUGCUUCUCCACCGCCAGCCUGCUGCAGGGCAAGCCUGAGCCAUCGUUUGCCAGCUGUCCCCUCCACCAUUUCUAAGGAGCCUUGCUUCGACCUUUGUUUUCUACAGCUCAGACCCCCCCAACCCAGUUCUCUCUUCUUUCAUGUCUUUGUUCUCACAGUUGACAAACCACCAAGACCUCUGGGUUUUAUUUUUCUCCAAAUGCAAUGAGGGGAAAGUUCAAACACGAGUUUCACGUGGCAAAGAAAAGUUCUUUUACCCAUCUUCCUAGCACGCAGAAUACUGCAUGUUGACACAUUUGAAUGUUUUAGCAUCGUUCUGUUUUUGCCUCUUCUCCAUCAUUUUGAGAUUUUAAAACAUAAAAAACCUGCUGGCCUUUGAUAACUCAAUCUGCUUCAGUCUGGCACCACCAAAAAAAUCUAUUCUACCCCAUGAGGGACAGUGCCUUUUGCCUCCUCACCCCGCUGGGUGGAGCGUGCCCCUUCUCUCCCCCUGCUGCAGGGAUGGCUUUCCUCUGACACGCGGGGCCCCAAACGCUGACUUCUUACGAGAGGGACACGGGAAACGCUGUCUUAAAGUACUCUGCAAUGUGUGGCAGCAUCGCAGUGCCAUGUUGGGUUGCUGGUUGUAACACAAACUUGGCAGUCCUUUGGUCUGGCGCUCUCCUUACGGCAUCACCAGCAAAGCCUGCCUGAGGACACAUCACCGAAGGGCAGAUGCCUUUGAACAUCAUGUCACAAUAUUAAAAACAACUGUGGCUGGAGGUUAAGAUACCUAUUUAUAGUGAAUUGCAGAAAAAAUAGUUUUCAUUAAGGGCUAAAAAGCACACUUAAAGACGUGUUUUUAAAUAAAAGAAUUAUUUAAUACAGAAA